UUCUUCGAAUUAGGGGCCUGACUCCCCGGCGACGAGACAAGAUGGCUCCUCCGGUCCGCUCUGCAGCUACCGUCCCGGCUGCGUCGCUCGACCCGCCCCCGGUACUGUUUCUUUAAAUGGCGGAGAGGGUCAGGAAAGCAGGAAGAGAGGCGCGUUCUCUCACGUGAUAGGGGUGGACCCAGCUAACAAGAUCCGGUCACGUGGAGACACACUGUCAACCAAUCAGAGGGCGUCGUUUUAGGGCGGAGGUGGGAGGAGCUCUAGCUCUCUGAUUGGCUGAAUGCGCCGCGGAGGCCUCGGGGGUUUGGGGCGUCGGGGAGUGCGCGAGGCAUCCCGUUUCGUGUGCACUAGCCGAGACAAAGCGGAGGGUGAGGUGGCCGCGGAAGCGGCUGCGAAGCUGCCCAAAAAGCCCAAUUUCGUGGUGCUCAGUCCUGUCAUCAUCUCAUUCAUCACGGCGCACGGGCGGCUUGUGUCGUGACGGCGGCGGCGGCGGAGGCAACGGAGGCGGAGGCGGCAGCACAUGGUUCCAAGAACGCGCUGCGGUUGUAGGGUUCCAGUUCCGUGGGGAGGGAAAAAGGCAGCCGUGAUCGCUGGGCAACGCCCGGUUGGGUAGUGCGCUCUCCAUUGCCUUCGAUCUGGGCUUUGAAAACUGGGCUUGACUCCUUUUCCAGAGGAGAGGCCCGGAAAAGGCCUGAGGCUGAGGUCUGAGGAGAGUGGGGGAGGGGCGCGCGGCCCACUUGAGGUAAUUCGGGUGGGUUAAUUCUGAGGCCUUUUAGUGGGCCUUUGUGAGGUAAUUUGACCCACGAGCCUGGGGAGACUGGGGCGGGGCUCUGAAAACGGGAAUCCGCCAUCAGCGGUUAAGAGAUCUUUCAGUUGGGAGCUGGUAAAGCCGGAAGUAUCGCCAUAUAUACUCCACAUCGCGGUCGCCAGUCUGGUGUCUCUUUAAAGAUCCUGGGAUCAUUGAUGGCGAAGACAUGGGUGAUUGACCACUCUUAUAACAGAAGUUGAUAAAUUUCCGGAUUGGUAAGUUUCCGGAUUGCUGAAUUUCCUAGAAGAACGAAAAAGGGCUCGAAGAAAAUGAAGAUGGAGCAGUAAUAAAACCGCCAACUCCGUACCAUCUACUUUCAAGAUCAUCCACGUUUCGAUUCGUUGAACAAUCACAACUUAACGCCAAAGCUCCUUGAGACCGCAGAUUUAUUGACAUAGUUCUAUUCACGAUACUACAUCAAAGUCUGAGAAGAUAAAAACUUCCAGGAGAAAUCAAUUGUAGUUUUAGACAUCUCUGAAUAUAUUUUAGAUAGGUACUCAGUAAUCUUGUUUAAUUGUAAGGAGCCAGACUCAAUUACCAAAUCUUUCUGGGAAGAAUCCUGGAAAAUCUAUUUCGUUACAAGGUUGUAUUUCCCAGUUGGUAAAGGACUGGACCUCACUGCACUUAUGGCUUUCACGAAUUACAGCAGUUUGAAUCGAGCUCAGCUAACCUUUGAAUAUCUGCACACAAAUUCAACCACUCAUGAAUUCUUGUUUGGUGCUCUUGCUGAACUGGUUGAUAAUGCAAGAGAUGCUGAUGCCACAAGAAUAGAUAUUUAUGCAGAAAGGCGAGAGGAUCUUCGAGGAGGAUUUAUGCUUUGUUUUUUGGAUGAUGGAGCAGGGAUGGAUUCAAGCGAUGCUGCCAGUGUGAUCCAGUUUGGGAAGUCAGCCAAACGAACGCCUGAGUCCACCCAGAUUGGGCAGUAUGGGAAUGGGUUAAAAUCAGGUUCAAUGCGCAUUGGGAAGGAUUUUAUCCUUUUCACCAAGAAGGAAGACACCAUGACCUGCCUCUUCCUGUCUCGUACCUUUCAUGAGGAGGAAGGCAUUGAUGAAGUGAUAGUCCCAUUGCCCACCUGGAAUGCUCGGACCCGGGAGCCUGUCACAGACAACAUGGAAAAGUUCUCCAUUGAGACAGAGCUCAUCUACAAGUAUUCUCCCUUCCGCAAUGAGGAGGAAGUGAUGACUCAGUUCACGAAGAUUCCUGGGGACAGUGGAACACUGGUGAUCAUCUUUAAUCUCAAACUUAUGGAUAACGGACAGCCAGAGCUAGACAUAAUGUCAAAUCCAAGAGAUAUCCAGAUGGCAGAGACUUCCCCAGAGGGCACGAAGCCUGAACGGCGCUCAUUCCGUGCCUACGCUGCUGUUCUCUAUAUUGAUCCCCGGAUGAGAAUCUUCAUUCAUGGGCACAAGGUGCAGACCAAGAGGCUCUCUUGCUGCCUGUAUAAGCCCAGGAUGUACAAGUAUACAUCAAGCCGGUUCAAGACUCGGGCAGAGCAGGAGGUGAAGAAAGCCGAGCAUGUAGCACGAAUUGCUGAAGAGAAGGCCCGGGAGGCGGAGACCAAAGCUCGGACAUUAGAACUACGCUUAGGUGGAGACCUCACACGAGACUCCAGGGUAAUGUUGAGGCAAGUCCAGAACACAGCCAUUACCCUGCGUAGAGAAGCCGAUGUCAAGAAGCGGAUCAAGGAUGCUAAGCAGCGGGCGCUUAAAGAACCUAAGGAACUAAAUUUUGUUUUCGGGGUCAACAUUGAACACCGGGAUCUGGAUGGCAUGUUCAUCUACAACUGUAGCCGCUUGAUCAAGAUGUAUGAGAAAGUGGGCCCACAGCUGGAAGGGGGCAUGGCAUGUGGUGGGGUUGUUGGAGUUGUUGAUGUGCCCUACCUGGUCCUGGAGCCUACACACAACAAGCAGGACUUCGCUGACGCCAAGGAGUACCGGCACCUACUGAGGGCGAUGGGGGAGCACCUGGCACAGUACUGGAAGGACAUCGCCAUUGCCCAGCGGGGAAUCAUCAAAUUCUGGGAUGAGUUUGGCUACCUCUCUGCCAACUGGAACCAGCCCCCAUCUAGCGACCUGCGUUACAAACGCCGGAGAGCUAUGGAAAUCCCGAUCACCAUCCAGUGUGAUUUGUGUCUGAAGUGGCGGACGCUCCCCUUCCAACUGAAUUCUGUGGAAAAAGAUUAUCCUGACACUUGGGUUUGCUCCAUGAAUCCUGAUCCUGAGCAGGACCGGUGUGAGGCUUCUGAGCAGAAGCAGAAGGUUCCCUUAGGGACGUUCAAGAAGGACCUGAAGACACAGGAAGAGAAGCAGAAGCAGCUGACAGAGAAAAUUCGCCAACAGCAGGAGAAGCUGGAAGCCCUGCAAAAAACCACACCCAUCCGUUCCCAAGCUGACCUGAAGAAAUUGCCUUUGGAAGUAACCACCAGACCUUCCACUGAGGAACCUGUACGUAGACCUCAGCGUCCUCGGUCACCUCCUUUACCUGCUGUGAUCAAGAAUGCCCCGAGCAGACCCCCUUCCCUGCAACCUCCGAGGCCAACCAGCCAGCCCAGAAAGGCUUCUGUCAUCAGCAGCACCCCAAAGCCUCCUGCUCUGGUAGCCCGGGAGGAGGCCUGUACAUCUAGGCUUCUCCAGCCACCCGAGGCACCCCGAAAGCCUGCUAACACUGCAGUCAAGACUGUGCCUCGGCCCACCCCUCCAGUGCAGCCACUGUCACCAUCUGUACUGCCCAACUCCAAGACCCCUCGGGAGGUCCCAGUCCCCAGAGCCAUCAGGACUCCAGUGGUCAAGAAGCCCGAGCCACCUAGUAAACUUCCCCUGGCCACCCCUGCUCGGAAGCGGACUCUUGAGGUCUCUGAUGAAGAAGAGGCUGAGGAAGAGUCUGAGAGGAGGAAGGAGAAGUCCAAACGGGGCAAAAUUGCUGUGAAGGAGGAAAAGAAGGACUUGAAUGAGCUCUCAGACAGUCCUGAGGAAGAAGACUCAGCUGACUUCAAGAAGGCUCAGAAAGAUAAAGGGCUGCACGUGGAGGUGCGUGUGAACAGAGAGUGGUACACAGGCCGUGUCACAGCUGUGGAGGUGGGCAAGCAUGUGGUGCGGUGGAAGGUGAAGUUUGACUACGUGCCCACAGACACAACACCAAGAGACCGCUGGGUGGAAAAAGACAGUGAGGAUGUGCGACUGAUGAAGCCUCCUUCCCCGGAGUAUCAGAGUCCUGACACACAGCAGGAAGGUGGAGAGGAGGCUGAGUCCACGGUGGUCCAGCAGGCUGUGGUCGUGACAGACCCUUCCACUUCUGAAUGCAUCCGAAUUGAGCCUGACACCACUGCCCCGAGCUCCAACCAUGAGACCAUUGACCUGCUCGUCCAGAUCCUCCGGAAUUGUUUACGGUACUUCCUGCCUCCAAGUUUCCCUAUCUCCAAGAAAGAGUUGAGUGCUAUGAAUUCAGAUGAGCUGAUAUCGUUUCCUCUGAAAGAGUACUUCAGGCAGUACGAAGUGGGGCUCCAGAAUCUGUGCCAUUCCUACCAGAGUCGUGCUGACUCGAGAGCCAAGGCUUCUGAGGAAAGCCUGCGUGCCUCUGAGAGAAAGCUCCGUGAAACAGAGGAGAAGCUGCAGAAGCUGAGGACCAACAUCGUGGCGCUCCUGCAAAAGGUGCAGGAGGAAUCUGUGGUUCCAACCUUGGCUGCACAGCAUCCUGACCAGGCGGGCUGGAGGUGGUGCGGCUGCCUGGGCCUCAUCCCAGCCAGACCCACGGACAUUGACAUCAAUACCGAUGAUGAGCUGGAUGCCUACAUCGAGGACCUGAUCACCAAGGGGGACUAAGGGGGCUCGGAGCCAGAGAUCAGCUCCCCUGCUCCUCAAGGCACAGCUCUCGGGUGGGGGUGGGGGGAGCUGUUUCAUUAAUGGGUUGGUGGACUUAGUUUGACACACAUGGGACAUUUGUGCUUUUUGGAGGGAAAAAUACUCUGAUUCUUUAACUCUUCCCCCCUAAGUUUAUAAAUAUUUAUUUUUUAAAAGAAA